AAACCCCAGCUCUUUCCACAAGCCUCACAGGGCGCCACAGGCACCUCUCUUCAGCCAGGAAGGGCCUUAAGCAGCAAGUCUUCUGACACAGAGCCAGAUGGCCCUACAGGUCUCGUCCCCUCCCCUCCACCUAGAGGCUUCCUUGGGAUGGAGCGAGGCAGCAUAGGCCUCAGCCUUGCCCCACGUGACAGGUUGGCAUUAGUCUGCUCCAAUCCAGCUCUGGUGGCUUUGCCCUAGCAAUCUCCACUCCAGUGCCUUCCUUCUCCACCCUCGGCCCCGCCCCUUCCUCAGGCCCAGAGCCCUGGACACAGUACACACAGCCCAGAGUUCCCACUGGAGGGAAACAGAAGGAACUGUUUGGGUUCCCAUGGCUGUGGUCAACACCUUCAUCCCAGGGCUCAACCCUCAGAAUCCUCAUUAUAUUCCAGGGUACACUGGACACUGCCCACUACUUCGGUUCAGCAUGGGCCAGACCUAUGGGCAGGUGACCGGUCAGCUACUUCGAGGCUCUCCUGGUCUAGCCUGGCCUCCUGCCCACCGUACACUUCUGCCUCCCAUCCAGUCUCCACGCUCCCCUGUAAUUUCCAGGGGGAGGCUACCUCCCAGGCGUGGGCAUGAAAGACUCAGCUCCAGCAUAAUCCCUGGGUAUACAGGUUUUAUACCACAGGCACAGUUCAUUUUUGCCAAGAAUCGCAACCAGGUUUGGGCUGAAGCUAUGGAUGAUUUUACGAAAAGGCAUGGGCUGCAGGAGAGCCAUGAAUUGUCAGAGGAGGCCGAGGGAAGAAAAGAGGAGGAAGAAGGCCAAGGGCCGGAGGCAGAGGAGCCAGAGCUGAAGCAGCAGGAGGUGGCCCAAGCUUCCCCCUACUCCAUGGAUGACACAGAUCCCCAGAAAUUCUUCAUGUCAGGCUUCACUGGCUACGUGCCCCGUGCCCGCUUCCUCUUCGGCUCCAGCUUCCCCGUGCUGACCAACCAGGCGCUGCAGGAAUUCGGGCAGACGUGCUCACGGGGCAGGGUGCCGAAGGAUCCCAAACCUUCCUCCCCAGUCCCCAGGUCCAACUUCCAGAACCUGGGUCUCCUCCCUCACUAUGGAGGCUACGUGCCAGGGUAUAAGUUCCAGUUUGGAGGGACAUUUGGGCAUCUCACCCAUGAUGCUCUGGGUCUCGGCACCACUCAGAAACAGCUCUUGGCUUAAGUACCUGGACCUCAAGUUCUCCCUUUUCAUCCUAUCCCAGUGAUCUUUCUGGGAAGAAGAGAGGUGGGGAGGGGGAGGGGCACAAAGAAAAUGGUCUGGAGGCUGAGCACCUUUUUAUUA